AUGCCUGCUGUUGUUAUUAGGCAACGAAAACCUUGGAGAAGAAGAGAUGGUGUUUUUCUAUAUUUUGAAGAUAAUGCUGGUGUUAUUGUAAAUCCAAAAGGAGAAAUGAAAGGUUCCGCUAUUACAGGUCCAGUGGGGAAGGAAUGUGCAGAUCUUUGGCCACGUAUAGCUUCUUCAUCUGGAACUGUGGUAUAA